ACAGAGAGGUUUCAAAAAAUAAAGCCCUUCGGUUCCCCCUUCAGAAGGCUACAGCUACGCGGAGAAGGCGCGAAGGUGUAGCGGCGGUGCGCUCCCAGCUGGAGACCCAGCGUGGACCCCAGACGCAGGGCGCGCAGCGCCGGGUGGCUCCCGCCGUCCAGUCCUCAACCCGGGGAGAGCCUGGCCCACAGUCUGUCUGACUCGGGGCCCCCUAGACCAGGAGAAGCGGGCCGCCAGGAGGGGACCCGAGGGCAGCCUGCAGGUCGCCUCGCGCACCAACUACCCUCCCCCCACCCACACACACACACGCUGUUCCCCACGCGCACUGCUCUCCAGAGGCCCCCAGCGCCAUGAAGCUGCUGACCACCACCGCCUACCCUGGGCGCUCCCUGCGGAACCCCUGGAGGAGCUUCCUGCCUCUCACCCUGGCUCUCUUCAUGAGCAUGGGUCAUGCUCAGAGGGAUCGGGUGGGAAGAUAUGAGCUGGCUGGCAGGGACUUGAAUCGGCUGUGGCGUCCCGGGGGUAGUCACCCUUCAGCGGCUGCAGCCAAGGUGUACAGCCUGUUCCGAGAGCAGGACGCGCCCGUCCCGGGCUCACCGCCCGCGGAGCAGACCCAACCCGGCUGGGGGAGCCCCAGGAGGCCCGGCAAGGCGGAGGCCAGGAGGCCGCCCCGCGCGCAGCAGCUGCGGCGAGUCCAGCCACCUGCGCAGACCUGGAGAAGCAAUCCGCUGGGCCAGCAGCAGCCUGCACCCCGGACCAGGGCCGUCCCGGCUCUCCCGCGCCGCGGGACCCUGCAGCGACCCCGGGCUGCGCCCCCAACCUCGCCACGAGGGCGGCUCACGGGGAGGAACGUCUGCGGGGGACAGUGCUGCCCGGGAUGGACAACGGCAAACAGCACCAACCACUGUAUCAAACCCGUGUGCCAGCCGCCGUGCCAGAACAGGGGCUCCUGCAGCCGGCCCCAGCUCUGUGUGUGCCGCUCUGGCUUCCGUGGAGCCCGCUGCGAGGAAGUCAUCCCUGAGGAGGAAUUUGACCCCCAGAACUCCAGGCCAGCACCCCGACGCUCAGCGGAGGGUUCACCCAACCUGCGUAGGAGCAGCACAGCCAGAGAAAGCCCUGCGGCCAGAGCACAGUCACUGGCACCACAGCUGCCCCCGGCCAGGACCCUGAGUGAGCUCAGCCAGACCCACGCCUCCCAGCAACGUGUGGGGCUGUCCCGGACUGUCCGACUUUACCCGGCCACCUCAGCCAGUGGCCAGCUGACUUCCAAUGCCCUGCCCGCAGGGCCAGGCCUUGAGCGGAGGGAUGGCAUCCAGCAGGCAGCAUAUGUGGACCACCAGUCAUCCCCCUGGGGGCUGAACCUCACGGAGAAAAUCAAGAAGAUUAAGAUCGUCUUCACUCCUACUAUCUGCAAGCAGACCUGUGCCCAUGGGCACUGCGCCAACAGCUGUGAGCGUGGCGACACCACCACCCUGUACAGCCAGGGUGGUCACGGGCAUGACCCCAAGUCUGGCUUCCGCAUCUAUUUCUGCCAGAUCCCCUGCCUGAAUGGAGGCCGCUGCAUCGGCAGGGACGAGUGCUGGUGCCCUGCCAACUCCACUGGGAAAUUCUGUCAUCUGCCCAUCCCAAAGCUGGAAAGGGAGCUUUCAGAGAGGGGCUCCCACCACAGGGGCCCACUGGAGGGUCCCUUGAAGCAGUCCACCUUCACAUUGCCUCUUUCCAACCAGCUGGCCUCUGUGAACCCCUCCCUGGUGAAGGUGCACAUUCACCACCCGCCCGAGGCCUCCGUGCAGGUCCACCAGGUGGCACGGGUGCGGGGCGAGGCCGAGGAGGCCCCAGAGGAGAACAGUGUGGAGACCAGACCCUCGCCUCGGCGCCCUGCCAGCCCUGGCCACAGCCACUGGGACAGCAACAGCAUCCCCACUCAGUCUGGAGAGGCCCGACGACCACUGCUCCCGGCAGCUCCCAGGCCUCGGGGGCUGCUGGGCCGAUGUUACCUGAGCGCUGUGAAUGGCCAGUGUGCCAACCCCCUGCUGGAGCUGACUACCCAAGAAGACUGUUGUGGCAGUGUGGGAGCCUUCUGGGGGGUGACCUUGUGUGCCCCGUGCCCGCCCAGACCAGCCUCCCCAGUGAUUGAAAAUGGUCAUCUGGAGUGUCCCCAGGGCUACAAGAGACUAAACAUCACUCAUUGUCAAGAUAUCAACGAGUGCUUGACCCUGGGCCUGUGUAAGGACUCCGAGUGCGUGAACACCAGAGGCAGCUACCGGUGUACCUGCAGGCCUGGCCUCAUGCUGGAUCCGUCGAGGAGCCGCUGUGUGUCGGACAAGGCCGUUUCCAUGCAGCAGGGACUGUGCUACAGGUCGCUGGGGCCCGGCACCUGUGCCCUGCCUUUGGCCCAGAGGAUCACCAAGCAGAUAUGCUGCUGCAGCCGAGUGGGCAAAGCAUGGGGCAGCAAGUGUGAGACAUGCCCCCUGCCUGGCACAGAGGCCUUCAGGGAGAUCUGUCCUGCCGGCCAUGGCUACACCUACUCGAGCUCAGACAUCCGCCUGACCAUGAGGAAAGCCGAGGAGGAGGAACUGGCCAGGCCCUUGUGGGAGCAAGGACAGAAGAGCAAUGGGACCCUGACCAGGACAGCAGAGAGGCAGCCACUCCGGGCAGCCACUGGCACUUGGCUGGAGGCCGGAACCGUCCCUGACAAGGGUGACUCUCAGGCUGGCCAGGUUGCAACCAGUGUUACCCAAGUACCUGCCUGGGUCCCAGGAGAUGCCACAGGACGACUAACACCUCCACCACCUGGACAGGGGAUUCCAGAGACCCAGCAAAAAGAGCAAGUGACCACCCCCACUGAUGUGCUGGUGACCCUGGGCCCCCCAGAUAUUGACAGAUGUGCUUCUGGAGCCAACAACAUCUGUGGCCCUGGAACCUGUGUGAACCUCCCAAGUGGAUACAGAUGCAUCUGCAACCCUGGCUACCGGCUGCACCCCAGCCAGGCCUACUGCACAGAUGACAACGAGUGUCUGAGGGACCCCUGUGCAGGAAGAGGGCGCUGUGUCAACCGCAUGGGCGCCUACUCCUGCCUCUGCUACCCUGGCUACACGCUGACCACCUCAGGGACCACUCAGGAAUGCCAAGACAUAGACGAGUGUGAGCAGCCAGAGGCAUGCCACAGGGGGCGGUGCACCAACACAGAGGGCUCGUACCACUGCAGAUGUGACCAGGGCUACAUCAUGGUCAGGAAGGGACACUGCCAAGAUAUUGACGAAUGUCGUCACCCUGGCACCUGCCCUGAUGGGAAAUGUGUCAACUCCCCCGGAUCCUACACUUGUCUGGCCUGCAAGGAGGGUUACAGAGGCCAGAGCGGGAGCUGUGUAGAUGUGAAUGAGUGUUUGACCCCCGGGGUCUGUGCCCAUGGAAGGUGCAUCAACCUGGAGGGUUCCUUCAGGUGCACUUGUGAGCAGGGCUACGAGGUCACCUCAGAUGAGAAGGGCUGCCAAGAUGUCAACGAAUGUUCCAGCCGGCCUUCAUGCCCCACGGGCCUCUGCCUCAACACCGAGGGCUCCUUCGCCUGCUCAGCCUGCGAAAGUGGGUACUGGGUGAACGAAGACGGCACUGCCUGUGAAGACCUAGACGAGUGUGCCUUUCCGGGAGUCUGCCCCUCAGGAGUCUGCACCAAUACUGCUGGCUCCUUCUCCUGCAGGGACUGCGGCCAGGGCUACCGGCCCAGCCCCCUGGGCAAUACCUGUGAAGAUGUGGAUGAGUGUGAAGACCUCCAGAGCAGCUGCCUGGGAGGCGAGUGCAGAAACAUGGCUGGCUCCUACCAGUGCCUCUGUCCCCGGGGCUUCCAACUGGCCAAUGGCACCAUGUGUGAGGAUGUGGACGAGUGUGUAGGAGAGGAGUACUGCGCACCCCACGGCGAGUGCCUCAACAGCCAGGGGUCCUUCUUCUGUCUCUGUGCACCAGGCUUUGCCAGUGCAGAGGGAGGCACCAGCUGCCUGGAUGUGGACGAGUGUGCAGCUACAGACCGGUGUUCCGGAGGGCGCUGUGUCAACACUGAGGGCUCCUUCAACUGUCUGUGUGAAACUGGCUUCCAGCCCUCCCCAGAGAGUGGGGAGUGUGUGGAUAUUGACGAGUGUGAGGACUACGGAGACCCCGUGUGUGGGGCCUGGAGAUGUGAGAACAGCCCUGGCUCCUACCGCUGCGUUCUGGGCUGCCAGCCCGGCUUCCACGUGGCCCCGACUGGAGACUGCAUUGACAUAGACGAGUGUGCCAACGACACCGUGUGUGGGAGCCACGGCUUCUGCGACAACACCGAGGGCUCCUUCCGCUGCCUCUGUGACCAGGGCUUUGAGACCUCGUCGUCCGGCUGGGACUGCGUGGACGUGAACGAGUGUGAGCUCAUGCUGGCGGUGUGUGGGACGGCACUCUGUGAAAAUGUGGAGGGCUCCUUCCUGUGCCUCUGCGCCAGCGACCUGGAGGAGUACGACACUCAGGAGGGGCACUGCCGCCCGCGGGUGGCUGGAGGUCAGAGUAUGCCUGAGGCGCCCCCAAGAGACCACCUCUCAGGCCCCAUCCGCAUGGAAUGCUACUCUGGGAACAAGGGCCAGCCGCCCUGCUCCAGCCCCCUGGGCCGGAAUACCACGAAGGCUGAAUGCUGCUGCACCCAGGGUGCCAGCUGGGGAGAGGCCUGUGACCUCUGCCCAGCAGAGGACUCAGUCGAAUUCAGUGAGAUCUGCCCCAGUGGAAAAGGCUACAUCCCUGUGGAAGGAGCCUGGAUGUUUGGACAAACCUCGUAUACAGAUGCUGACGAGUGUGUGAUGUUCGGGCCUGGUCUCUGCCAGAAUGGCCGGUGCCUCAACACAGUGCCUGGCUACAUCUGCCUGUGCAAUCCUGGCUACCACUAUGAUGCCACCCGCAGGAAGUGUGAGGAUCACGACGAGUGCCAGGACAUGGCCUGUGAGAAUGGCGAGUGUGUGAACACAGAAGGCUCUUUCCAUUGCUUCUGCAGCCCACCCCUCACCCUGGACCUCAGUCAUCAGCGCUGCGUAAACAGCACCGGCAACAUGGAGGACCUACCUGACCACGACAUCCACAUGGACAUCUGCUGGAAAAAGGUCACCAAUUACGUGUGCAGCCAACCCCUGCAUGGGCGCCGCACCACCUACACCGAAUGCUGCUGCCAGGACGGCGAGGCCUGGAGCCAGCAGUGUGCUCUGUGCCCCCCCAGGAACUCUGAGGUUUACGCCCAGCUGUGCAAUGUGGCCCGGAUUGAAGCGGAGCGGGAGGCCGGGGUCCACUUCCGACCAGGCUAUGAGUAUGGCCCGGGCCCCGACGACCUGCACUACAGCCUCUAUGGCCCAGACGGGGCCCCCUUCUACAACUACCUGGGCCCCGAGGAUGCCGUCCCUGAGCCGCCCUUCCACAAUACAGCCAGCCACCCGGCGGGCCGUGCACCAGUCCCUGAGUCUCCCCUACAGCCCUCAGAACUCCAGCCCUACUACGUGGCCAGCCAUCCAGAGCACGAGGCUGGCUUCGAAGGGCUUCAGGCCGAGGAGUGUGGCAUCCUGAAUGGCUGUGAGAACGGCCGCUGUGUGCGCGUGCAGGAGGGCUACACCUGUGACUGCUUUGAGGGCUUCCAGCUGGACAUGGCCCAGAUGGCCUGUGUGGAUGUGAAUGAGUGUGAUGACUUGAACGGGCCGGCUGCACUCUGCGCCCACGGUCACUGCGAGAACACCGAGGGUUCCUACCACUGCCACUGCUCCCCAGGUUACGUGGCUGAGGCAGGCCCCCCGCGCUGCACCGCCAAGGAGUAGCAGUGAGGGGUCAGUGUGGGCAGCUACCUGGAAAUUGGCCUCAGGCAGGGGCCUUGAGGACGCUUUUCCUCGCUGGGAAGACAUCAGGCAGGAGGCCCUGCAGCCCCACACCCAGCCAGCCCUGCCUUUUUUCAUCCGUCCCAGCUUAGGUUCUGGCUGUGAGCUUGUCACUGCCUCCAUGCCACCAUGCCCUUGCUUGGCUCAAACACCACCAAAUGCUUUAACGCUUCAGCCACGGCCAUGAGGCCCAGUCCGCCAUCUGGCCUGGCCUUGCUAUGGGAUGCUUACCAAAGGAUGGCCCUCCACCCCCUCAACCUGUGCAAACAUGCAAGGUCCUUCAGCCUCAUGCUGCAGACACCCUUUUCCAGCCAUGAUGAUCAUCCUGAUGAUCCCAAAACUGAGUCAGAGGCUACACCUGUCCUGGAGUGGUCCUUCAGAAUCCAUGAAGCAAAAAAAAGAUUGGAGGAAGUUUGGGGAGUGACUCCAACGCCUCCUCCCCCAAGAACGAUCACCGCUGCUCAAUCUGGUCUGGACCAGGUUUUGCCACAACUCCAUCCUAUACUCACUUCUGUGGCCCCAGGGAGGGGCAGGAGAUACCCUCAUCUCAGAGAAGCAAGACUGAUCCGAGCUUGCUGAGUGUAAGAGGCACGAAGGGGAACAAGGAGCCCGAGAGAGCGACAUUAACAAUACGGGGAACGGAUAAGACAGGGAGCCAGGGCUUUACACAAGUCUCAAGAAAACAUUCAGUAGCUUCCAGUAGAUAAACGUUCAAAAUCAACCCAGCGACAGCACCUGAUACACGAGGCCUCUGCCACAAGACAGGGUGCCUAUCUCCAAAGACCUGUAGUCACUGCAUACUGCUCCUCACAGGAAGCAAAUCUCUCCUGGGUUCUCCUUUUGUGGACACCAGUUUGAUGUGCUAAAAAUAGAGAGAUCUGUUUUCUAGCUUGUGAAAUACAGUGCAGUCAUGUUUUGGGGGAAGCCAGAUUUCCUUUGUUGUUUCUCCUCUCUACUCAGAAGCCUCUGCCCUCUUCCCCUUCAUAAAACGGCCGGCUGGCACUCCUCUGAGUUUACAAGUCAAGCCCCACUCCAACCUUGGUGAACUGGGAGUUUAGAACCUCAGUGGAAUAAAGAAAUAUACACCUGGUCUCUCCCGUUUUUGUUUCAUAUUAAACCAGAUUUCUUUACCACGUUGGCAAAGUCUGAAUAUUAGAAAUGAGGCUACGCCUACCCCUUGCCAGCUCUGCCAAUCGUCUAUGAUUGGGUUCCAAUGGGAAAAGUUCCUUUACUCUAAGACACGGAAAACUCCGACUUUGUAUAGCUCUGAUCAAUAACAAUGUAAGUGAACAAGGCUCUGUGUGCCUGUAGACAUGGAGAUGAUACUAUUUUCUUAAUUUAAUCUGUCCUGUCCUACCUGCUGCUCUGAUUGUCAGCCAUCAUAUAAUAACUUAUUGAAUGCUUGCUACAUGCUAGGUAGGCAGUGUUGAAUGCUAUACACAAAUUUCAUUUAAUCAUCCAACAAUCCUACUUACUAUUUUUAUUCCCAACUUACAACUGAGGAAAUAAAGACACAUGAAGCUUAAAUAAUUUGCUCUAGGUCACUAUACCAGUUGAGAUGUUUUCAGCAGAUAAAAAUAUAUAGUUCUUAAAUGUAUGAAAGUAUUCUGACCUUAAUUCAUAAUAAAAGAAAUGCAAGUUAAAACCACACCCAGACACUUUGCCAGAUUGGCAAAGAUCAAGGAGUUUGUUAAGACUCCUGGCUGGCAAUCAUCUGGAGAAAGAGCACAAACUGAUACGACUUCUGAAGAGAAUAAGGCAAUGUCUUUCAAAAUUAUAAAAGCACUUAUUCUUUGAAUCAGUAAUUCCACUUCUAGGAAUUUAACCUUCUGCUAUAUUCUAACCGAAUGUGAAAUGAUAUAUGUAAGAGGUUAUUUAUUAUAGCAUUAUUUGUAAUAGCAAGAUUACAAACAAUUGUUAUGGAGCCCUAAAAAGUGGCUCUAAAUGCCUUGAUAAGAUAUCCAAAAUAGAUUAAGGAGAAAAGGAGGGUUGUAUAACAAAGUGUAACGUAUGCUGCUAUUUGUCUAAAGAAAGGGGAAAGAGAAUUGAGUAUCUGCUAACCUCAACCUUGGCACUCCACCUCACACUGCUUCACAGAACUCCUUACCAUUCUCAGUAUACCCUGCUGGUACUGCGCCUUCUUAAAUGCCAUUCCCAUUGUCCCUCCUCCCAACCCUCACCUUCCUGCUUGCCCUUCCGGGGAUAUUUCAUGCAUCUACACAUGAAUAUUUCCUUGUAUUAAAAACACAAAUAGCCUAUUCUGCAUGCUGUUCUACACUUUGCUUUUUCACGUAUACAUACUUGCACCUAAGAGUUGUCUAGUUCUAUUUUACAAAUGCAUAUUAUUCCAUUGAAUGGAUAAAUCAUAAUUUAUUUAGUCAGUCUCCUAGUGAUGGACAUUUCCACUGUUUCCUAUCUUUUGCUAUUAAAAAUAAUGCUGUAAUGAAUAUUCUUGUGCACAUGUUAUUUCACAUUUUACCUGUGGGGUUAUACCUGUGGGUUAAAUUCUUAGAAACAAUAGUGGUUUGUGGGGAGGGUGACAGGGUGGAUGGGUACAGGACUGGGAGACGUUUCAUUGUAUCCCCUUGUGUGUCUCUUUGAAUUUUGUACCAUAUGUAUUACCUAUUCAAAAACAAAUAAAAUAUUUUUAAAUACA